AUGAAGAGUCCGGGUACUGCCGCCCUCGAACAAACUGUGCUUGAAGUGUCGUCACCACAUCACCCUCGAUAUGGAAAACACAUGAAGCGGGACGAGGUGGCUGAUCUCUUGCAACCCGAGCCCAACGUUCUCGACAUAAUACUCAGUUGGCUGUAUUCGAACAAGGUGUCAGAGAACUCAAUUGAUGUACAUGGAAACUGGGUCAGCUUUGAAGCGACUGUAUCUCAAGCCGAGGCCAUGUUCCAUACCCAAUUCUCGUAUCACCACAAUUCUGCAAGCCAAAGGACAUUGAUCAGAACCCUCGAGUAUUCAGUGCCGUGCAAGAUACGGCCUCAUAUCCACUCCGUUCAGCCAACGACAAAGUUCGGAAAGAUGGAGGCUCCCCAGAACACCGACUUGUCCAAGCGCGCCGGACUGCCGCUUGAUCAGCCGAUUGGGGCCACGGCGGAGGAUCUCGUUGCAGAAUGCGGCAUCGUGAUGCGACCCGAUUGUAUUCGGGAUUUAUACGGUCUGUAUAGCACAACCGCGUCGCCAGAUCCCGCAAACCGACUGGGUGUCUCGGGCUUCCUGGAUCAAUACGCUCGCCAUGCCGAUCUUACCCACUUCAUACAUCGAUUCUCUUCGACUGCAUCGAACCUUGAUUUCAACGUCGUUUCCGUCAAUGGAGGCAUGAAUCCCCAGAAAUCUUCAGCUAGUAGCACAGAGGCGAGUCUGGACGUACAAUAUGCUGCUGCUCUGGCACACAAUGCUCCAGUGACUUUUUAUACCACCGCAGGACGCGCACGGUCAAAGUCACCAGCAGGCCAGCUCGUUGUGGACGACUCGCAGAAUGAACCGUUUCUGGAUCAGCUGCAUUACCUGAUCAACCUGCCUGAUGACGAGCUCCCCGCAGUGCUGACUACUUCAUACGGGGAGAUUGAGCAAAGCGUGCCAGCGGCUUACGCAAGAUCAGUGUGUAACCUGUUUGCGCAGCUGGGUGCUCGGGGUGUGUCAGUGAUAUUUAGCAGCGGAGACUCUGGAGUGGGCGAGUCAUGUCUCAGUAACGAUGGGAAGAAUCGAACCAGGUUUCAGACCAUCUUUCCAGCCUCCUGUCCGUUUGUCACGGCGGUUGGGGGUGUCGAAGGAAUGCACCCUGAAGUCGCCAUUGACUUUUCAAGUGGAGGGUUUUCGGACAUCUUCGGUCGCCCUGAGUACCAGGAUCAGGCAGUUGACAACUACCUCGAUCAUCUUGGCAGUCAGUGGGCUGGUUACUACAAUCCCCGCGGAAGAGCCACGCCCGAUGUCGCCGCUCAAGCGAAGAAUUUCAUCAUUCGGGACCAUGACACCUGGCUGAAAAUUAGCGGAACGAGGUUCGUCCCCAUUCUCCGUUUCUAA